UCUGCUGUCAUGUGGGUGAAGGAAGCUAAACCGUUGAAGAAGGGCUAGUUGCCUUCAUUUGAUUAAAUCUUGAUUUUAUUAAAUGAAUAUCGCCGUUUGUUAAUUUGUAAAAUAUUUCGGUGAUUAGAAAACUUUUUGUCAACCAAAGUACGUGUGUAUCUUGGACGGACUGUUGUUGUCAAGCAGGAAUCUUCUAAAAUAAGUGAAGACACCCAGUGAAUGCGAAAGAGAAACAAUGAUGGUGUUUGAGCUGCCAACUCACUAAGUUCUCCCGAGUGAAGACAUCUGAUGAAAAAUUACUGCAACGUUACAGAUUCCGGCAUGGAAGACAAAGCAAAUGGCUCUGUUGACACCAAAAGCCCAGUGGAGAACGGUCAGCUGCCGGACCCUGCCAACUGGGGGGUCGCCGAUGUCGUCAAUUACUUCAAAGCAACAGGGUUUGAGGAGCAGGCCACGGCUUUCCAGGAUCAGGAAAUCGAUGGCAAGUCCCUGCUCCUGAUGACGCGUAAUGACGUCCUGACAGGGCUGUCGAUAAAGCUUGGCCCUGCACUGAAAAUCUACGAGUAUCACGUGAAGCCGCUGCAAACUCAACACCUGAAGAGCAACGCCUCGUAGCACCGCAGGCCGUCCCAACACCCACCUCAGCGACAAUCAUCAUGUCAGGAGACCCCAGGUUAGCUGCCACCUCACAAAGACUCCUCUGGCCACAGCGGCACCUUAACAGGAUUUGAAUGCUGUAUGUUUUUAUAAGCGUGGACCCCCAAAAAUGGGUUGCACAUGAAGUCCACUCAGCUGUUUACCCUUUCAGCCAUUCUAAUUUCUGCUGCUUGAGAUAUGUAUUUUAUUUUUGUGUGUGUUUUAUUUAAAAGAAGGAAAUUUUGGGCGGCUACUGUGCAGGUAUGAUGUGUGUGUGCGUGUGUGUUUGUGCACAUGUGCAAAUAAAUUAACACGCUGGUUUAAAAAAAAAAAAGUAUUUGUAUAUAAGAUGGUAUAUAGUUGAAAACUGUGUGUGUUGUCGUACCUGAACACUUUGAUACGUGCAGAAAAUUCUUCUGGUGCAUAACGUUUUGCCCUGAAAUCAGUUUUUAUGCUAUGAACUGUGCAGCUGAGUCCAUGAAUCGUCCUUAGCAUGUAACAAUGAAGCAUUUUGUUUUCCCAAACACAGGGAGCCAACGAAAAUCUGUUUGUUCCUGCACACCUACAUUAUCUAAGCCCCGAGGCUCUUGUUAUGAAAAUAUUUAUGUGUAUAUAUUCUUAUUAUGUUCCUACCUGUGGUGCUUUCAGCAUUGUCACAAAGACAACUGUAUUGAAGUGUGUAUGACCAAUGUAUAUGUGCAACAUAACACUGGAGUUUGAAUAUCUGAAUCAAAGAUUUGCAAUAAAUGGUGCUCUUUUCUCACCAAAGAACAA